GUAUGUAUUUAUUUUUCUGUACAAAGAGAAAAUAACAUUUCUUUAGACACAGCAGGACUCGGGCAGGUUGAAGCAACACAGUGAGCGUGUAUCUUCAGCUGCAGCCAUGGCACUCAGGUGGAUCAUUCUGUUCUUUGGCCUGGGACUGGCAGCAGCCAAGCUAACAGGUGACACAGAAAAUGAUGUUGAUGAAGGCCAUGACUGGGACAUCCUUAGCAUCAAUGAAGCGGCUGGUCUGGACCUGCUGGAGGGAGACAUCGUACAGGAGGAAACAUUCAUCAGAAACUCAAUCAUAGGAGAUGAGUAUCGCUGGCCAACUACCGUUCCUUACUACCUGGAGGACAGUCUGGAGAUGAAUGCAAAGGGAGUAAUCCUGAAGGCAUUUGACCAGUACAGACUGAAGACCUGCAUUGACUUCACACCACGGAAAGGAGAGGAGAACUACAUCUCUGUGUUCAAAGGGGAAGGAUGCUCCUCCUAUGUAGGCAACCAGCGUAUGGGGAGGCAGCAGCUGUCCAUUGGUGAACACUGUGACUCUCUAGGAACCGUUGAGCAUGAGUUCCUGCACGCUCUGGGCUUCUGGCACGAGCAGUCCAGAGCCGACCGUGAUGAUUACGUCAACAUCAUGUGGGAUCACAUUGAACCUGGUCACAAGCACAACUUCGAAAGCUACAAUGACACGGUGUCCAGUGCUCUAGGUGUUCCCUAUGACUACAGCUCUGUAAUGCACUACGGAAAGACGUCCUUCAGCAUUGAUUCUGAGCCCACCAUCGUCACCAAGAUCCCCCACUUCAUUGAUGUGAUUGGUCAGAGGAUGGGGUUCAGUGCUAGUGACCUAACCAAGCUCAACCGUCUCUACAACUGCACCAAGUCUUCUACCUUUGUGGACAGUUGUGACUUUGAGGAGGAGGACAUUUGUGGGAUGAUUCAGGGUCCUGGCAAUGCAAAGUGGGAACAACGUAGUUCUGUAAAAGGAGGGCCUCAGACUGACUUCACCAACAUGGGACAAUGCAAAGGAAAAGGCUUCUUCAUGCACUUCAGCACGGCCUCUGCUAAACCUGGUGACCGUGCAGUCCUGGAGAGUCGUUGGCUUUAUCCCAAACCUGGAGCCCAGUGUCUGCAGUUCUUCCUCCAUAACACCGGGGCAGCAGAUGAUGUUCUCAACAUCUGGGUGCGAGAGGAUGACCGCAGCAGAAAACGGAAGCUCUUCAAGAGUAUUUCAGGAGGCGUCAGGGGCUCUUGGGAACUGCAUAACAUCAAUCUGAGUGUGACCAGGAAGGCCCGUGUGGUUUUUGAGGGCGUGAGGGGAAAGGGGCCAUCGAAGGGAGGUUUCUCUCUGGAUGACAUUAACCUGUCAUCCACAAAGUGCCCUCAGCACAUCUGGCACAUCCACAACAUCACCGGCCUGCUGGCCACCACACCAGCAGGACAGGGAAAGUACAGCCCUCGCUUUCUGUCACCAGCAGGUUACUCCUUCCAGGUAGGUGUGUACCUAAACGGAAUGAGCGACCGUCCAGGGUACAUGGCCAUUUACUUCCACCUGACCUCAGGCCCAAACGACAGCAACCUCAAGUGGCCGUGUCCGUGGCAGCAGGCAACUAUGGUCCUGAUGGAUCAGCAGUCUGACAUCAGACAGCAAAUGAACAUGCAUCUAAUGCUCACCACCGACCCUGACGAGAUGCACAAAGUACCAAUGGGACAAUCCCAGGAAGGUCGGCUCUAAAGUGACUGAGUCUGAUGGCAGCUUUUACUAUCGAGGACCAGGCUCUGGAACAACUGCCUUCAUCACCCACAGCUGGCUAAAGAGCAGGAACUUCAUCAAAGGAGACGAUGCCUUCUUCCUCUUCAGUCUGGAAGACAUAUCAGGUCUACUGGUAUCUCAGCCUCUUCCCCGCUCUGCAGUCCAUGCUGAUUCCAGUCUGAUGAAGGCUGCAGACCAAGGUGCUCCACAAGGAGCUGCUAAUAACCCCACAGUGGUCAUAGCGAUGGCAGGGUCUGCGGCAGCAGCCAUGUUGGUGGUGUUCAUGCUGAUCGUAGUGAACGCCCGGAGGGUGAGGAAGAGACGGCAGGAGAGUGAUGAGGUGUUGAUCACAAAGAACAUGCCUGGAUUCAUGGAAGAGAGAACAUCUCUUCUCAUCACUCCAUGAUGUCCCGAUCAAAGAACAAAAAUCAGCACUUACUAGAAGAGAGAGGGCAUUACCAAAUGAUCUCUAUAAUCAGAGUGUCACCUGAAUCCUUUUCAUGUAUAAUCUGAAUUUGUUGUUAGAAAUAAAAUAUAUUCUGACAGCA